AUGUCGACUGUUCCUCUCACACAUGAUUGGGCGGCUCCCCAAUGGGAUUGGCCUCUUCAACAUCAUGACGGAGUUGUCAAGGUUAACAACACCAGCAGCGGCUUUGAAGUUGGCCUCGAUUGUGCCUUUUUCACUCCGAAUGAAAUUGAGGUCAAAGUGGCCGGUCAAGAGGUUUUGAUCAAUUGUAGACACGAAGUCCGCACCGAUAAUCACGGAACUGUUACCCGUCAAAUUCAACGUGCCUACAAACUUCCCGAAGAUGUUGAUCCAGCUUCGGUGAAGAGUGCUUUGAAUGCUCGUGGAGUUCUCUCGAUCACUGCCUCCAAGAAA